UACUAUAUAAGACUGAGUCUAGCAUUUUUAUUAAUAAUUUUAUAACUUCUUAUAUAUCUAUCUAUACCAAGAAACAUGUUAUCAAAAUCCACUAAGAAUAUGAUCAAUUCUAUUUGGUGCUUAAUAAUAAUAAUCAACUACAAUGUUAUGCAAGGUUGCGAAAUCAAAACGUUCUUCAAUGGUACCCUUGAAAAAAGAGAGAUAGAAAACAAUGAUUUAUUCUUCAUUUCUGAACAUAAAGCUGGAUCCAUGAAUAAUGAUUAUAUUACCUUCGAAAAUUGCAAUGGAACACUUAACCUUUUUUAUGAGAGAUGUGAUGGAUAUACUUUUAUAGAUCCUUUGAUCGUUCUUUUUAAUACCACUGAUAUUGGUGGAGGUACUACUAAAAAAAUCUAUAGACUUAACAACAAAGGAACUAACAUUACUAUAAAAGGAUGGCGUACAGCCAACGAUCAAAAUGUUAUUAUAUUACAUUGGUUUAAUUAUUAGAAAAUUAUUUCCUUGGUGAAAAAGAAAAAAAAAAUCUACAAUUUUUCAAAAUUUAAAUUAUCAUCUUUAAAAACUUAACAAAAUAAAUAACAUAAACUUUAUAUAUAUUUUUUUAAGGGGAUUUGAAAUUUAUUUUAAAAAAAUGAUUUAAAUUCUUGUCACUUUAUCAUAUCACAAAUAAAUA